UGAUAACGUGGCUGUAUUGAAGUAUCAUGAGUUAGCACGAUAACGUCUAAUUAUAUCUGUUUAGUUGGCACAUGGAAUAUAGUUGAACUGACAAGAUGUCUUUACGAAUGGUGCUGAACAUUAGCAACUUAGCAAGUUAGCAACUUAGCGAACUGGUACCGACGUGUUUGUGGGAGGAACGAACGAAGGAGGAAGGAAGAAGAGAUCUCGAACUCUGACUCUGGCACCCUCGCUCAUUUAUCUCUUCCGUCUCUCAUUGACUGCGGAUGAUGUUCACUGUAGGGAGAGCAACACCAAGGGUCUCUUGUUUGGCCAGUCGACUCUUGUCUAUUACUCAGCGAUGCAGUUCAAGCCAGUUUGAUCCUCCGUACUUAGAUGUAACAGUAGCCGAAAUUCCUGAAUACCCUCUCCUUAAUGUUCAGAUGAAAAGCCAAGACUUUACUGUAUUAGAGCAUUACUCGAAGUGGGUACACAAAACGGCCCUUAAUAUGGGUAUUGAGGUGGAAGAUGCAUGGGCAACUCCUUCAGAAAAAUUCCGUAUACAAACCUACAAACCUCAGAGUACUCAUUUAGAGUCUGAGUAUAAAGUGCAAAUUUACGAACGAACUAUACAGGCAACAGAUUUGUCUUCAAUAUUAGCACCACUGUUUAUGGAAGUGAUCCAACAUGGUUUACCUGACUGCGUUGAACUUACUGUGCAGGAACAUUUGCCAGAGCAUUCUGAGGUACGUUACAUCCCCGAUUUGGAGUUGAAGGAGCUCAGAGCACAGUUACAUGAUAUGGGUGGACCCUCAAAGUCAAAAAAUUAGUUUUUGUAUAGAUAUAUUUUGAUGCAGAGGGUUGUCAAAACACUUUAACUUUUGUACUGAAAACUUUGUAGAUAUAUGUAUAUUUUUCCCAUUUGUGUUCAGACAUGCAGAUUGGGGCUAUUAAUAACUUUCUUCAUUACUGUUCCCAUUGGUUUAGUUUUAAUGUCAGGCAACACCAGUUAGAAUGUUGUAAACAUUAGGUCUAUACUGUAAUGUUUAAAUAAAUGGCUUAGGCUUUUA